AUGGCUUGUGGAAGUGCUUCUGGUUUGGCUUUGCUUCUUUGCUUCUUGUGCUUGGCCAUGGUUAGCACCGAAAGCCGCCCCACAGCUCGAAAGGAUCUUAGUGUGAACCUCGGCGGCGGUCCGGGGCUCGGGCAAGGGCUUGGGCUCGGUCUCGGUCUAGGGCUUGGGCUCGGUGUUGGUGACGGGGGCUCUGCAUCUGGGUCCGGGUCGGGCUCUGGCUCGGUGUCUGGUUCCGGUUCUGGUUCUGGUUCCGGCUCUGGUUCGGCCUCUGCGUCUGGUUCAGGUUCGGGUUCAGGCUCAUACGCCGGGUCUAAUGCUGGUUCAUAUGCUGGGUCAGAGGGUUCCGGGUCGGGGUACGGAGAGGGGCAGGGGUCUGGAUUCGGAUCGGGAGGACGCCACUGA